GAGGCUGCGAUGGCGGCGGGCGGCCGGAAACACAAGCAGGACCUGGGGCGCUUCGUCUACGUGACCCGCUUCGGCUCGCACCCCUGUGGCAGCGUUCUGCAUCUGGGCGGCCGCAGGGCUCAGAGCCGUUGGUGCCCAGGGGUUGGGGCCCACCGCAGCCAGGUGGCGCCGCGUAAAGCGGCGGUGGAGGCAGGAGUCCCGCCCAGCAGCGGGCUGUCCCCCGACUCCCAGCCCAAGGUCCCUGCGGCCCCCGGCGCGGAGGCUGCGGCCUCCGCCUCCUCCCAGCUGUCGGCGUUGAGCGCGCGGAGCGGCCCCAGGCGAGCGGCGCGAGCAGGUUUAAUCCAGAAGGAUGCAUCUAGAAAGUUUGAUUUUCCCAUACCUCUGAAUGAAACUUCCAAAAUAAUGACAAAAAAGAAAAAGGUUUCAGAAUGGGAUAAAGUAUACAAACUCAUUUCUAGAAUGCUUGAAGAAAAUGAAAAAUAUAGGCUCAGGCUGAAAUGCCAGAGGUCGUCUAGUGAAAACUCAAAUUACACAAGCUGAAUCUUCUUAUCACCAUCUGUUAUAUAACUUAAUUGCUUCAUGAGACUACACCAGCCUAGCAUUUGUGGUAACAUGUUCUAGUGAAUACACCUGUUUCCAGUUGAAGGACACAUUGUCUGGGCAAAUGGCCUAGGUCUUGCCUGCUAUGGAGGGUCAUGCAGCUUCUUUGCUGGGUAAAUUUUCAGGCUGCUAAUCCCUGGGUGAAGUUUCAAAUUUUAGUUUAUAUAACUUAAAUCCAUUGCAAAAUGAGACAUGUUUAUACUGUAAUUUAUGCUGCAUAAAGUUUUGUGUUGUACUGUUUAUGUUGUAAUUUAUGCUGCAUAAGUGAGGAUUUUUGGUUUGCUUUGAUGUAUGUUUAUAUUUAUGUGACUUAUACAAGUUGACAUAGUAAUCUGCUUUAAUUUAUUAGGUGUGUUAAUGUUUAUUGGAUUUAAAAUGUGAGUCUAAUGAUGGAUACAAGCUUGGUUUGUCUUUCUGGAACUGUGGAGUAAUGAAAAAACUCUCACUGAAAUGAAUGUUCUAAAUAUUCUAAAUCUUUUAAUUUUUGUUUAAUAAUUUCUAAUGAAAAGAUGUUAAAUAUCUAUUUUGUUAAAUAAAAUAUAAUAAACAUAAUGACUUUUCUUUGCUGACACAUCACUAAAUAUCAGCUGUGAUACUGUGAAUUAUUUAUGGUUUUGUAAUUCCAGCAGGGGUUAAUAAUCCCUGGAUUAAAGGCCUCAGACUAA